GCUUAUUACCCCUGCCAGUGUUGGGUCUUGUCUCUUUCUUUCUGUUCCCCCCAGUCUCUUCUCUAAAAAAGGGUUUCGAGCAUAGUAGAGCUUGUUGUUCUCACAAUAACAUAUGAACUAGUGUGCUCACUGGGCUUAAGUGUGUACUACCAUGGCUCAUGCUACACCCGAAUUCUAUGCCAUUCAGAGCUCAAGUCCGAUUACUACCCUUCGUUUCUCUCAGCAGGCACCAGUGAUCCUUAAACAUCAACUACACUCGGAGAAGAAUCCAAUAUCUGCAAUAAUAGCUAAACAAGAGUCACCAGAGAAAUAUGGUGUAAUAGAGCAACUGUUCUUCUCCUGUCUACAAACCGGUGAUGAUAGGUCUGCUCUGUUAUGUCUCGAGCAAUUGACAUGUCGUUUCGGCUCUUCGAAUGAGAAAGUAAUGGGGUUGCGUGGCCUAUAUGAGGAGGCUAUAGCUGAAAAUCAGUCUGAUCUGGAGGAUUCCCUACGUAAAUACGAUUCCUACCUGUCGGAGAACCCACUUAAUUUGCCUAUUUUAAAACGCCGCGUCGCGCUCUUGCGUUCACUUUCAAGGCCUGCAGAUGCUAUAAGCGGCUUGGUAGAGCUCCUAAAAGCCGUGCCUACCGAUGCAGAGGCCUGGUGUGAACUUGCAGAUCUAUAUCAGUCUCAAGGAUUGAGCUCGCAAGCAAUAUUCAGUCUCGAAGAGGCCCUGCUAAUCGCCCCUAAUGCUUGGAAUAUUCAUGCUCGUCUUGGAGAAGUUCUAUACAUCUGCGCCCGCACUGCGGGGACAGAAGUUUCCUCUCGGUAUUUGCGAAGAUCUAUCCAAUAUUUUUGUAGAAGCGUCGAACUAUGUGACGAUUAUCUUAGGGGGUUUUAUGGCUUAGUUUUGGCGACUUCACUUCAACUUAAAAGAGAAUACACGAUGAGUUUUGCGCAGGCGUCAUCGUCGGCGUCAACGGAUGAUUUCUUACCCAAAGAGAAGGCCGAUAAAUUGAAUCUUCUUGCUAGAAGAAAACUUGAGGACAUUGUAAAACAGCGGUCUGGAAACCGCCAGCUUUGGGAGCAUGCGCAAGGCGAACUCAUUGCAGCCCAAGAGCUACUUGACCGCAACUCAUGUUAAGUGAGCACGCAAGUUAACUUCACCAUGAAUCCAUUAACUACAUGUAUAAUGAAUAUCUCCUCCCUUAUUGUUAUACUAUCUAGAGCUCUUUUCCUUCGGGGUUGAAGGGUGCUGGAGAGAGGUGU